CUCCUGUAUUUCUGUAUUUGGCAAAGCAGCCCUGGCUGUCGCUCAGUUGCAUGCACAUGCUUGAAAUAAAUGGGCCUCAGGCUUGUUCCGUGAUCAUUUUUCCACAACAGAACCAUGGACUUGCUGAUGCUUCUGGGUUGUGUCUCGCUGUGGGUGGGGCUGGCACUGGCUGAAGUGGGGUCCUUCAGUGGUUGCAGAGAUUUUUUCUACCAAAGAGCCGAACCACAGGGCUUUGACAUGGUUAACACAGCCGAGAUCUGCCAGAGGUACAACAAUCUAUACUACUUUGCAACCCUCUAUGACAGGGCCAACCGGAUCCCGUGCUGGUCGGCAUACACCCUGGGUGAUGCUGCCUGCCCAGGGCAGGCCAAAAAGAUGAGCCAGUGGUUUGUGGAGCCCCAGCUGGCUCAUCCAGAUGAGUCCCCAGAAAUGAAGACGGAGGCUGAGUCAGCACUGAGCCUGGACGAGAGGAGAUCCAGCCAGGCCGUCAAUGAGGACUAUGAAGACACAUCAUAUGACCGGGGGCACCUGAACCCAAACGCCUUCCAGUGUAAUGAUGGCCGCACAGCCACCUUCACCCUCACCAACGCCGCCCCCAUGGACCCCUGCUUCAAUCGGAUCCACUGGUACAAGCUGGAGGAAACCCUCAAAACACAGCUAACUGGGAGCUGCAGAAAUGUGGAAGGCACCCCCUACCUGGUGACAGGGGCUGUUCCCAGUGGCAGUGAGAAAAUCCCCAUAGAGGGGGAGGACAAGGAAGGGGACCGUAACCGGCCAUACAACCGGGUCUCGGUGCCCACCCACGUCUGGACAGCUGUUUGCUGCGACCAUUGGGACAACAACCGCAAAUUCUCCUUCGCCUUCAUAGGAGAGAACAAGGAGGCAUCCAGUCUUCAAAUCAUCCCUGUGGAGCAGCUAAACACAAAGCUAUCACAUCUGUACAAGACUUUUGAGCCAGUCACGGUCUUUGCAGAUGACUGUGGCUCCAGGAGCCAGAAAGGACAACAAGUCUUAUCAGCAAUAAAGAAAACCUUGUACAAUAGCUUCCAGAACUUUCUACUGGACUCUUACUCCCAGCUCCUUCCACCAGUGAAAAGAAGUAAACUGGACAGGGAGACCAUCCAGGUGAUGACAAGCACAAACUUGGAUCAGAACAAGAUGCAGCUGACGAGCAUUGGGUUCCUGAUGGGUAUUUCCAGCCUGACAGACUGGCACAGUCAGUUUGAGAAGACGUACGAACAGGACAACCUGGCCUGUGUGCUGGCCCCUGCUGUAGCUGGAGUGGCAAAGGCUUCUGGGAUUUCGGACAGAGUCUGCAUCCUCCAGGAGCAGAAACACCUACCGAACUCUGGUGUAACAACCAAAGGGUGGAGCUGUGUUGGGCAGGCCUGUGGCAAGCAUGGAUACGAAUACAGCUGGUGUUACACAUCUUACAAGAAUGACUGGGAUUACUGCUGUACGGAGAAGUGCAGAGUGAAUCCAAGGUCUCAACGAUACGAGUGCCCGCGAGGAGAUGGUUCCACCACGGAAUGCUCGCCCCAGUACUCCACACUGACCGUCUCUGGGAAGGCCUGUCGGGCUGACCAUCCAUGUGGCCUUUAUGAGGAAAGUUACUUCUGGUGCUAUACAGAUUAUCGAGACAACUGGGACUAUUGCUGCUCCCCCCAGCACUACUGUGGGUACCACAGCUAUGACUACCAGUGGUGUUACAGCCAGGACCCAAAGGCAGACUGGAGGGAGUGCACCCCGUGACAUGCCCACUGGGGAGGGAAGGGGCAAGUGGGUGUUUGUCUGGCUCCUUCACACCAAAGCAGAGAAGAAAUGAAUCAGUUACCUUAAUCUAUUGGUGCUAUAGGCCCCGCCCCAUGGAUGCAGAGACUCCACCCAUUUCCUCCAUCUGUCUCUUUAGAUUUUAAAAUGUCAUUAAAAAAAAAAAAAAUCUCCCUCCCACCCAGAAUCUUAGACGGCACCUUCAAGUCAUUUCCACAGGAGAGUCUCUUCCACCGGCUGCCCUUGGUUCAAAGGUCUCCAUGCAAUAGGAUUUGGCUCCAUUUUUAAAACCAGCUACAGACUUUGGAUGCCCGACUUCAGAUACUUUAAAAAAGGCUGGUUUUCACAAAAUGCUGAGCACCUGGCCUCUCCAAAACAAGCCACCAUAGGGGGACAUUUUUAAACGUGCCUCAGGAGUUUAGGAGCACAAGUCUCAUUAGAAGUCACUGGAAGUAGUGCUCCUAAAUCUCCUAGUGGUUUGAAAUUUAUCCCCAUAAAGCUUCUCAUUUUGUGCACCCAAAACACAGGCGUUUAAGCUUUGUCAUCAGAAUUGGUUGGGGGGAAAAGUUAAUGAAGUCAACGAAGGCAUCAUUCAGAUAGUUUUUAAAAGUCCUUUUGUGCAGGAAUUUUCCACUGAUUGGCUCAAAUUUUAAGCAGUGAGGGGAUUAGCCAUUGGAGCAACGUACUGGGAAUGUGAUGGAUUUUCUGUCACUUCAGGUCUUUAAAACAGGCUAGGUCUAGGAUAUCAUUGUAAAAGAUCUGUUCUCAUUCAACAACAUGGUAUUGGCCUCAGUGCAGGAAUCACUAAGUGAAGUUCUCUGGCUUGUCUGGCACAGAAGCUCAGACGUGAUGGUUAGAAAGAUCCUUUCUGCCUCAUUGAUGUACAUUAAUCUAUCAAUCUGAUCCACUUUUACCAAGAUAGUCUUGCAGUAACUGGGACCUGCAGAUCUCUCCUAAUUGUCAGAUCACAUACAGGGAUGUGGCAUGGGUGGAAGUUCA